AGUACUUUCUUGUUCAUUAUUCAGGUUUUGGCGUUGCGCAGCUUGUGAAACUUUUACAACGAACCGCGAUGAUUCCUCAUCAGUAUCUCUAGCGUAGCAUAUGACUAGACUCUGGUACUACAAUAGUUUAGUAGUGGUCCGUCUACCGUCUACCGUCUACCUAGGACAGUAUACCUUUCCUUUUGUAACUACUGCGCAUCUAGUAUCUCUAUUAAUACUAUUCUUUAACGCACAUAGCAUUUUCGAACAUCACGAUAAACGCCUCGGUGACUGUUCAUGCUGAGAAACCAUGUUAACGUCAUGAUUAUAGAGUCAAUAUAAUUUGGAUCAUGCAUAAGACUCAAG